CAAAAUACAUAACUCUAAUUAAAGAAGUUCCUUACUCCAGUGUGACGAUCAUCAACAGCGAUGGAUUUUGCUUCGUUGUGUUGAUAUUUUUCCUGGUGUAUUCAUUUGUGAAAAGAAGAGAGAAAAAACAUGGCCGUCGACACAAUAGAGGGAUAUGUGCCUUGCAAUUUAUUUAUUAUUAAAUUAAUUUUUCGAUGCGACAAAAUGGAAUUAGCGACAGAUGCUCUAGAUUAUGAUUUUGUUCUCGUUGACCAACAGAUCGAUCACAAAAAUGAUGGACCGGCAUAUUCUGAAGAGAUAGUACAGUCUCUCACACCUGGGUGCUGCAUCAUUAUAAAAGGAAAAAUCAGGAGUGAGUGUAAAAGAUUUGCGAUUAAUUUCUUAUCAGUUCGAGGGGCGAAGACAGAUGUUGUAUUUCAUUUCAAUCCUAGACUGGCUCUAAGAUAUAUAGUUAGAAAUGCCCGAAUUAAUAAUUCAUGGGGCGAUGAGGAGACGACAUCCGUAGAAAAAUUUCACAUUCAAAGGAACGAGACGUUCGAAUUGCAGUUCGUGACUGCGGAGCGGGAAUUUUUGGUUGCUCUGGACGGACGACACGUGUGCGCCUUCGUCUACAGGAUUCCCCUGGAAAGGAUAAAUAAGAUUGAAGUAGUCGGCAUUAUAGUGGAGGCUGUUGAUGUUAUAAGGAACUUGAAAUCUUACCCCUCAGUGGAUGGUGCCAUCGAUGUGGAGGGAGUGGAACAUAAACAAGUCUCCAACUACCCCCCUGGACCAACUUCCUUUACUGUACCCUUGGGGGGCGGAGACGCUGCGCAACGCAUCGGCGAUCAAGAACUGAUUGUACCCGUUACUGCAACACUGCCUAAAGGUUUCCAGGUGGGGUGGCAACUGGAAAUCUCCGGCCGAAUCAAGAUUCUUCCAGCUGCGUUUUACGUAAAUCUGCAAGUGGGGGAUAAACUAUGGCCCCAUCCUGUUAUACCUUUACACCUCAAUCCUCGAUUUUAUACCUCUUAUGGAAACCAUCUUUUCGUACGAAACUCUUGGGAGAAUGGCUCUUGGGGAGCCGAGGAACGCACUGCCGGGUUCCAGUUUACUCCAGGCCGGAAGUUCCAUCUGGCCAUUCGCAAACAUCCCGACCACUUCGCCGUGUGGGUAGACGGUACUUUGACAGGAGAAUUCCUAUUUCGAACCGAAGUAGACGACAUCGACACUGUUUACAUUCAUGGCGACAUUCACGUCUUCAAUAUCUACAUGAGAGAUCACGUGGAAGACAAGUACUUCACCAAAAGCAAGGAAAGAAUUGACAGUUUAUAGAUAUUGUUCGAUAUUUUUGCUUUAUACUGUUUUCGCUAGAUAUGUAAGUUUAACUUAAGACUGUCCAGAGAGAGAAGGGAUACUUUUGAUGGAGGAAUGAUGAGAUAAUUGAUUGGCAGAGAUGACAAAAAAUGACAGAAAAUGCAAUUUACUUUUGAUAUAAAAUAUUUGUGGACAAUAACUGUCGAAUAUAUUCUCUCGUUGAACAGAUCAUGGCUAUAAUAUAUAUGUAAUAAUUUAUUAUUUUAGAGUGUUUAUAUAUGUCAAUUAUAAAUGUUAUUUUAAUAUAAAAACGUUA